AGAAGAUACAUCAUGGCCCUCAAAGCAACUAUGGUCACCAAAUCCAUGUUUGCAGCCUUAUUCACAAUUAUCGCGAUGGCUACAUUGGCAUCUGCAGCCUCCGGUUUGGCUCAGUCUCCAGAAUCAGACCACUUGGUUAACAAAUGUAUGGCUAAGUUAUCUUCAAGGUGUGCGAUGUAUGUCACGGAUGCAAUCUGUACUAUUCAUGGUCCGAUGAGACUAAAACAUCAUGGAUGUUGUCUAGAAGUUUUUCACAUGGGACGUGCUUGUCUUAAAAUCGUAACGAAUCAUGUAAUCCAAAUGUUUUUGCCCAAGUUUGAAGGUGUUCGAAAACAAUACUCUCUCGAGAAAAGUACAUAUAUAAUGCAACUUUGUGUUCCGGUUUUAACUAUAUCUUGAAUAUUAAGUUUUUCUUUUUUUUUCAUGCAUGGAGAUUUAAAAUAAAUCCAAAUUAAAACUUUCGAGUUAUGUUGGUAGAUUUUUCUUAUACAAUUUUUUU